GUAAGCGCUCGCCUCGCUCUGUACUCAUCGAUCGUUUGGUUGGAAGGUUUCGUUAUUUUGACAGACCCAAAAGGGCCCAAACCCCAAACCCCCAAAUCUAGGGGCAAACAACCAAAGUUUUGUGGUGUUGUGACGUGUGGUUGUGUAUUCGUAUGAGAAUGGCUCGUGGAAGAGGUCGAGGAGGUCCUAUGCGGGGUGGUAUGCGACCAGGCCCAAGACCGCUCCCUCAUGGUGUGAAACCAAUGUAUCUUCCUCGUCAUCCCUUUGACUUGGCUCUUUGCGAACCAUCUUUUCCUCGAGUUAAGCCUGCACCAGAUGAAACAGCUUUUACCAAUGCACUGAUGAAACGGAACCUAGAUUUGACCCCUACACAACAGGAGCAUACUGCUGUUUUGAACCUUGUGACUAAAGUUCAGGCUGUUCUUGACGGUCUCAUCAUCACACCCGGCACAUUUGAUGCUUGUCAAAUUGAAGAGGUGCGAGAGGUUGGCUCUUACAAAAAGGGUACUAUGAUUACUGGUCAUAAUGUGGCGGAUCUUGUCGUGAUAUUAAAAACUUUUCCUACUCGAGAAGCUGUAGACAAAUUUGCACAAAAGGUUCAUGAAGAUUUACUUACAUCUUGCGGCCAAGACAGUGGGACUAAGGCUACCUUGACAACUACAGAGAGAGGAUUUGAACUCUCUAUGCAAGGAGCCACAGUACGCAUUCUAGUGACAACAAUUCUUCAAAACCUUCGCAAACUUAGUCCAGAACUUCAUUUGGAUGCUAAAAUUAUUCAAAGUCAUUUAGCAGCAGUUCGUCACAGCCGUUGGUUUGAAGAAAAUGCUCACCAUUCAAGUAUUAAAGUGUUAAUUCGUCUUCUAAGAGACCUGCGAAAAAGAUUUGAUGGUCUUGAACCACUUUCACCCUGGAUGUUGGAUCUUUUGGCCCACAAUGCUAUUCUAAACAAUCCAAGUCGACAAGCCCUUCCUAUAAAUAUUGCCUAUCGUCGUUGCCUGCAGCUUUUAGCUGCUGGUUUAUUUCUCCCAGGGUCAGCAAGCAUAACUGAUCCCUGUGAAGCAAACAAUAUGCGUGUUCAUACUGCCAUGACUCUGGAACAACACGAUCUAGUUUGCUUAACUGCACAAACUUUACUUAGAGUUCUCUCUCAUGGGGGAUUCCAACGCAUCUUGGAGGGAAAUACGCCUGACAUUACUGGAGAAACUUCGGCUUGGAAUGAUGUCAUAGUCUCACCUUUGGAGAAGGCCUAUGAAAAGCCACCAGAAAAAAAAGAUGAUGAAGACAUGGAAGAUAUGAAUACAGAGGAGACGAUGGACACUUAAACAAGUGUACUUCCUCCAGAAGAGGUGUGAAAAUUUGACACCAGAAAGAGACCAAAGAGAGUUCUCUGGUUUCCUGACAAAAGUGUUGAUCUUUUUUUCUCUUAUUUUAUGUUAUUGUUUGAUUAUAAUUGCAAUUAUUAUAUUAGACAUCUUGUUAAUUACAAAUGCAAUUCCUCUUGUCAGUCAUAUUGCACUGUGUUUUUUUAGAUUAUUCAUGUCUUUAUUGUUUUCUCUGUUACUUGGCUCAUUUGAGAUCUGUUUAAAGUAAUAUGAGUGCAAAGUUUGUUUUAAUUCUCUUUUUCUAACAAGGCAAAUGUGCAAGUAUUUCUUGUUUCUUGUGAAAUGUUUGGGUUUCAGAAUAAACGAAAUAAUGUAAUAAAAAGUAA